AAAGAAAACAAAUUGAAUAAAAAAUAAAAACCAAAUAAUGUGUUAUGCCUUAAUAAUAUAAAAGUAAUAAAUUUAAACCAGAAAAUAAACAGGAAGAUGUCGUUAGUCUUUUGAGCUAAGCCAGAGUCGGAAGAAUAAGAAUUGCCCCGUUUCCAAGCCCUAAUUUCACAGAAUUUUUUUCUCACCUAAUCUUAUUAAAACAUUGCUUUAAUCAGGUUUGUAAAUUGGGAUUUAUCGUAAAAGCCAAACCCUAGAGCUCAAUUUGUGAAUAAAUUGAUUUUUUGGUCCAUGGAUGACAAAGAAGUUGUGAGGUAUAAGGACGUGGUGUUGAAGGUUUCCGAUUUAGAUGUUCUUCGAGGACCUUGUUUUCUCAACGAUCAAAUAAUUGCGUUUUAUUUCAGUUACUUGUAUGCCUUUUAUGAUUCUUGCACUGAUGAUGUCCUGCUUGUUCCGCCAUCCGUUUCGUUUUGGCUUGCCAAUUCUGAAGAAGAUCGUGAGAACCUCAUUGAUUUUCUGGAACCCUUGAAAUUGUCAACCAAGAGACUCGUUCUUUUCACGGUUAACGACAGUACUGAUUUCGGUGGCAGCGAAGCUGGAACCCAUUGGAGCCUCCUUUUUAUGACAGGACCCAGAAUAGCUUUUCACAUCAUGAUAGCAUGGAGGGAGCUAACAAUUUUUACGCCUGAAGCUUUAUGAGGCUCUCAAACGAUCCAUGGGAACUCCCACUCUUCAGGUUUCUGUGCCAGUGCCACCUUCAACAAAAGCUAAAACUAAGAACAACAAGAAGAAGAAACCCCCUGCUGCCAAAUGCCUGCCUUGUUCGAAUGCUGCUUCAACUCCUCCUCCUGUUUUUGUUGAGAGCCCCACACCUCAACAGACAAAUGGAUAUGAUUGCGGAAUCUAUGUCAUUGCCAUUGCCAGGGCUAUCUGUCACUGGUUUCAUCUCAAAGGAGUAGCAAAAAUGAUGAUUGGUUGUCUGCUAUUCGAAGACAUGUUGAUGCAUCUAUGGAGUUCACAAUGCGAGACGAGAUACUGAAGCUUAUACAAGAUUUGCAGGAGGAUAAAUGACCUGAACUAAGCUGAGCUAAGUGUGCCUAACCUAGCUUAGAUUCCAGUGGGUGCUGAGUGCUAAAUGUAAUUGAAUUGCUUUCUCUUGCUAGGCUUUGGAAAUCUGAUCUAACUCUGAUUUCUUCUUUUUUUUUUCUUUUCCAUUCUUCUUCUUCUAGAGAACGUAGAAAGAAACAUUAAUUCAACAUGUAAUUUUUCUUUCUUCCCUGGGGUUGACGGAUUUACUUUGCUGUCUCUGUUCUCUUUUCCUGUGACUGAACAUAUUUAACAAUUCUUGCAAAUAGUUUCCAAUAUCUUCGUGCUUCCAUCUUUUUCAGCUUGGUACCAUUUUUUUGGCUUACCAAUGUAUUAGUGCUUGUGCGCUUUAAAAAGAAGAGGUCUAUGAAGUUGGGCAUAUCAAUCAACUAUCAAAGUUCAAGUUGCUGAACUGCCUGUUUAAUUAUCGA